AUGGCGCCCAGCCCCAUGCUCCAGGCGCGGCUCAAGGAACUAGAACGGGGGCGCGCUGCCGCUACGACUCCGAAGUCGGCGGACCUCGAGGACACGAUACUGGGACCGCUGGGCCGGCGUCUCGACGCCGAGGAGAAGGGCGAAGGGCCGCCGUCGACGGUCGAGCUUUUUAGGGUGGAGGCGCCGGACGCGCCAGGCACCGUCGGGCCGGCGGCGCACGAGUUCACGACCUUCGACGACUACGCGGGCCAGCCGCCGCCGCCGCCGCCGCCGGACGACGGCGUCCGCGCGGCCUUCGCGUCGCCCUCGCCCGCCGCCGACGCCAAGUUCUACGCCGACGACUCGGACGACGACGAGGCUUUGUUGGCCAUGCACACGGCGUACCAGGCGGCCGCGCGGCGGCGGCCCGGCGCGCGGGACCAGGUCUGGGCCGCGUCCGACGCCGUCGCCAACCCCGCCGACGUCUUGAAUGCCGCGCUCGUCAGCGGGCAACCUGAGUCGCCGCCCGCCGUGCCGACGCCCGCCGGCAUCGCGGCGUCGACGCGGCCGAGCCCCGUCGCGGACGUCGGCGGCCGGCCGCGGCCCGCCACGCGGCGGCGGCCCGCCGCCGAGGCCUGGCCCGUCGAGGCGCGGCCGCCGGUCCGCGCGCCGCGGUCGCCGCCGCCGUCGCCGCCCGUGCGCGCGCGGUCGCGGACCUUGUCGGACGAGGCAGUCGGCGCCCGCGCGGCGACCAUCAACAAGGUCCCGCCGGGCGCGGCCGUCUCGCCUCCGCGAGUGCCGGCGCCGGCGCCUUCACCGCCACCGGUGACCGAGGCGGCCUCCACCAAAACGGCGACGCCGCGGGGCCACCGCGUCGAGACGAUGUCGCGCGGCAGCAGCGCGCGCGCGCCGCCGCCCGCGGAGCCCGCGCCGCCGUCGCCGCCCCCGCCGCCGUCGUCGCCGCUGCUGGACCCGCGGUCGCCGCGGCCCGACCGGACGCCGACCUUCGCCCGGGCGCGCAAGCUCCCCGUCGCGGCGAAGCGGCCGGCCGCGGCCCCGGCGCCCGCGCCGCCGCCCCCGAAGGUGGCGCGGCGCCCGCCGGCGGCCGCGCCCGCGCGGCCGCGGCGCGCAUCGAAAAUGGUCGCGGUCCUCGUCCUGCUGGGCUACUCGCUCGGCGUCGCCCUGCGCAGCGGCAGGGCCCCGGCGACGGCGGAGUCGGCGCCCGUCGGGCUCACGUCCGCGCCGCAGGCCGAGGAGCCGGUGCGCCUCACCCGCGAGGCGCCGGUCGGGCCGGGGCGCCGCCAGCACCCCGUCGCCGGCGCGUGGGAGGCCGCCGUGCGGCGCGUGAAGCCGCGGCAGGCGGUACGACGGCUGAAACCGCGGCAGAUGUUCCGAGAAUUGCGGCAUCGCUUCCGGUCCGCGCGGCGGCCGCAGCUUGAGCCGGGGUUAUUAUAA